CCAGUGACAGAAUAACAGCAGCGUGUUAUUCCCAGCAACAUUACCAGAGACAGAGUAAUAGCGGUGUGUGGUGCAAAGGAGAGUUGGCUGAGCAGAAGCGCAGCUAAUUUGCGCCAUGUCUACAGAAACGUCUGUGAGGACGUUGUCUACAAACAAAACCACCAAGAAGCUGCACACUCUCAGCAUGGUGUGUGGUCUGGCACGAAGCUGGCAGCAGUGGAUAUGCGAGAAUGAGGAGAAGCAGGCCAGCGAGCCUACCGGCUGGUGCCCAGACUCCAACGACAAGGCCAAAUCCAAAACUAAAGCACCAACCAAGCUUGUGCCUUCUGAGAAGAAGUCUCAGCCCAACCAGGCUCCAAAGCUCCAGCAUCAGGUGGAGGACCAGAAGGAACCCAGAGAGUCCCGCAUCAAGACCAAGCAGGUGAUGAAGACGGUGACACGAGAUGUCCAGGAGAAGAGCGUGGGCAUUGAGUUCUUAUCCAGCUACAUUUGUAAGGACACAGCAGCAGAGGAGGUGGACAAGAUCCUGCACAAGAAGAGCUCACCCACCCUUCGCAGAAGGUGCUCCAACAUGGUGUCGGAGCUGACCCGGAGUUGGAAGGCUGUAGAGAGUAAGCAGAAGAGGAUCGGGGAGGCCACUGAGGACAAAGACCUCUUUGAAGCCAAGGAGAGAGUGCUGGAGGUGGAUAGGGAUUCAAAGAACCCAGAGCCAAAAGAGAAUAUAAUUAAAUCACCACAACCCAGGAUCAAGAGACCAUCAAAACUUGGGGCCAAGAAGGAAGUGCAGGAUGCUGAUAAGAUAAACGCCCUGUCUCACACAUACAGCACCGUAGGCAGAAUGAAGAACCGCUGGCAGGACUGGGCAUCUGAGCACACCAUUAGCCAGAAGCUGAAUCCGUUCAGUGAUGACUUCGACUACAACUUCUCCAUGUCGACACGCCUGCGUAAGGGCGAUGAGGGAUACGGUCGGCCAAAGGAGGGCAGCAAAACUGCAGAGAGGGCCAGGCGCGCUGAAGCACACAUCCACCGAGAGAUUGACCACAUGUGCUAUAUUAUACAGACCAUGGCUGAUCCUGACCUGGAUGGCUGCACCCGAGUCACCUUCGGCCAGCUGUUCGACAGAUAUGUGCGGAUCUCCGACAAGGUGGUGGGAAUCCUGAUGAGGGCCAGGAAGCACGGCAAGGUGUCCUUCAAGGGUGAAAUGCUGUGGCAAGGCCGGGAUGAUGAUGUCAUCGUUACACUACUCAUUUGAGACAGGCAUGGCACUUUUGAUCAUAUCAUGCCUUCUAAGAACUAUAGGAAAGAGAGUGAAAUUUGCUUCUGUAAAUAAGUCGUUAGUAGUAGUAUUGGGUAGUACUAUUAGUGCUAAUGGUAGGAGAAUUUAUCUUAAUUUAUUGUUGGAUUUAGGAUUUUCUUUCUCAAUAAUUCAUGUGGACUGAUGGUUUUUUUAAGUUCCAAGAUCUAUGUGGAAUGAUGUACAUGUAUUUAUUUUUAAAACAAUAUAGUACGUUACAAUGAGUCUGGUAAACUCUACUUAUGUGUAAGUAAUUAAACAUCCAGAAUUUUAGAUUCAUUUACAAUAAUACAUUAUCUGUAUUAUCUGUCUGGGUUAAUGUGCAAUAUUGACAGCCACGUUUUCUGAUGACCAUAUCUAUCCAGCAGAGGGGGCAGUCUUGCUGUGACUAUCUGCUUCCCGCGCACUCAAGGCAUUCAUAAGUUGGUGAUUCUGCAGGGGAAGUGCCAAGAGAGAUCAGGAGUGGUAGAAGCAUAUGCAGGGCUUGUAGCAUUAUCCAGGUUUUUAUUUUCUGAAUGAUGGUGGCAGUAGGACAGCUACAAGCAGUCAAAUAACAUCCUUGUUGGUCUCAAAUUGCAAAAUGUAAUUAUUGCGGUGGUUAUUUAUGCUUGUUGUAACAUUAAAGUAAAAGACCACCAGCUAUCCCUGGGCAGGUCUGCUGGAUACACAGGCUGCUAGAGUCACCAUAACCAUACUGUGGCUGCUUACACUU